AUCAAUUCGCUCGCACAGAGUUCGUUCCAUUGUGCGAGAGCAGUGGUUACACGUUUGUCCUCGGCGGAAGUGGUUGUGCAGGUAGUCGUGGUUUCGUCCGACGAAAAGCUAUUCGAUUCAUUGCGUCCGGUGCGCGUUUAUCAACCCCGCAGAUAAUCGGGGUUCGUUAAAAGUGACAGUAGAAUAAUAAAACACGCAAAAUGGCUCGUUUCGCGGUUUCCAUCGUCGCUGUGAUCUGUCUGGUCAGCGUUGCCUACGGUAUGGACUGUACUUUAGGAACCAGUGACAAUUUUAUCGAUAAAUUCGUGAAUUCCUGUCCGAGACCACUUGUUGAUCCGAGCGAAAACAGCUAUUGUUGCCCCAGAGUCGAUGGUACUGUUUACUGCUGCGAUUGGGCGGAGUUCACAAUGAGAACUGGACUGGGCAUAAUCGUUCCUGUUGUUAUCGCUGUGGUCGUUAUUAUCUCUCUGAUUGUCUUCUGUAUUUCCUGCCUUUGCUGCGCCUGUUGUCCAUGGUACCGACGACGUCACCGUGGAACCAUCUAUAGCAGCAUGCAAACACCUGUUACGGGUAUUCACGUUAUCCAGACACCUCCCUCAAAUUCUGGCUACACAGUUCAUCAGAUACAACAAAUUCAGCCGCCAAUUUAUGCGAAUGCCGUAUCAGCUAUGCCGCAGCAUCCAGUUCCUCCUCCUCAGUACACCAGAGAAGAUAACACCAAACAAGCGCCCUACAAUCCAAGCUACGUCCAGUGAAAAGUGAAAUCAAAUGCACGUGUCGCUCGGUGACCGAGGGUGAACCUUUAUAUUAAUAAGGAAUUGGGCGUUCUUGUUUAAGAACGUACGUACAUAUAUGCGCCUUACAAUUUAAAACGUGAACGUAAUCCAUCCAAGUAUAUAUUUAUAUACCGUAAAUCCAUGUCGCGAAGAUCUCUUGAUUUUAGGGAUCAUUGCGGUGUGAAUAAUUACUGUGGAAUUUCUGUCCGAGAGAAGUGUGAUGUUUGCUAGUGAUAUAAAGAUCAAAGUUUGUUUUUCAAUAUUUUUUUCUUUUGUUUUUUUCGUUACAUAUUUAUGUCACCACGCACAUUACACCGUUUGUUGUUUUUAUAAUCGUGUGUAACGCUAUCGGCAAGAUUUCGGCCGACGCACGACGUUACGUUACAAGUCUUGUAGAUUUAUGUUCAGUAUUUCAUUGAUAUUUGUCUUCGAUCUUACGACAAGAGUCUCCUAUUAUAUAUUAUACAGAAUAGCUGUGAUGGCCGAUUUACACGUGAUUACCGCGUUAUUAGUACGUAAUAUUAUUCAAAGUCAGGACUAAUUGUAAAAUUUCAUUCCGUGAAAGGUAGUGAGAGUGAUCAUGCCUUGUUUUCAAGAUUGACCCUUAUACGUUAGUUAUGCAAUAUUGAGAUAGAAGUAAGAUAAUUGCGGCCGAAUUUUGUAUGAAGUUCCGAAUACUAAUACCGCCACUAAUCUCUUAUAUUUCUAUUCUACAUUUUAAGUUGGAAAAGACGCGAGUUGAACAAUCAAGUUUUUUUAUCGGAUGGAAAUUAUCAAUUGCAUAUCUCACCUGGUGUGAUGAUGAGAUAGGAGGAGUAUCAUGCUCUUCUUCUUCUCGUUAGAUUAAUUAAUCCUUGGCUCUAUUUUCGCACAGCGAACACUUCUAUGGAAUGUGUAGAUGAAUCAAACAUGUAAGCAUAUUUUUAGAAAUAAGGUAUAUCUACACAAUAUUGAGUGACCCCAUAUUUUUACCACUUAUCAAUAAUAAUUACGGGGAAUGAAGAAUUCUCGCAAUUUACGAGCUCACAAUAGCGAAUUAAUGUAAGUGAGCCCGAUAAUGAUGUAUGAACUUUUAAAUUGUUUGCAAUUAAAUAUCUUUAUAUUUUGGACGGAAA